UCAUCUCUCUGAACUGUCAGUCAGGAUGCCUGAUCCCGCCAAGUCCGCGCCCAAGAAGGGCUCCAAGAAAGCCGUGACUAAGACCGCCGGCAAAGGAGGCAAGAAGAGGAGAAAGAGCAGGAAGGAGAGCUACGCCAUCUACGUGUACAAGGUGCUCAAGCAGGUCCACCCCGACACUGGCAUCUCGUCCAAGGCCAUGGGCAUCAUGAACUCGUUCGUCAACGACAUCUUCGAGCGCAUCGCCGGUGAGGCGUCUCGCCUGGCUCACUACAACAAGCGCUCCACCAUCACCUCCAGGGAGAUUCAGACCGCCGUGCGUCUCCUGCUGCCCGGUGAGCUGGCCAAGCACGCCGUCUCCGAGGGAACCAAGGCCGUCACCAAGUACACCAGCUCCAAGUAAACACACUGCUCGGACUCCAACAACCUCAUCAACCCAACGGCUCUUUUAAGAGCCACACACUUUAUCUAAGAGAGUUCAUAUCAUCUUUUAUGGAAUGAAUACUUAAUUUUACACAUGUGUACAUUAUAACCUCUAAGGUUAAUACUGUGAUCCACAUAUGGUGUAUUUCCACUGGCUCGACUCGCCUCUCCUCGCUGAGGUGCUUAGUAGGUACUACGACGAUUGGUUGCUGACUGUACGGAGUCCCGUCACAGGGACAACAACGCUGAACUGUAGAUCACAAACAACGUAAUUAAAAAUGUGGGUUUAUCUCCAACAACUACCAGGGAAAGCUAUAUUUAACAGGCGUGUUUCAAGUAGAGUAGUGUAUUUAGGGACAGCGGCGCGAUCGGCAUCACAGACCUGCCACAGCCAGGGUUUACAGACACAUCAGCUGAGCCAGCAAU